AACUGUCAUAUUCCUAGACAUGUCUUGGUGAGCUUGAAUGUAGCCUUGAUGCAUAAUAUCAACCUAGCAGUCAACUUCAUUAAUGUUCCGUUUCUGUGGAGAAUAGGAAUAGGACCUCUACACUAUAUUCCAGCAGUUUUAGUCAGGGAAAUCUGUUUCUUUCUCUACUACUUCUUCCUUGGAAUUCAGAUUACACACUGCACUGUUCGGCUUCUACUGGUGUUUAAGUGGACCAACAGUAUGUUCCCAUAUGACCCCUGUAGGUUCACGAGAAGAGUCUUGGUUCUAAUCUUCGGGAUUAUUGGAAUACCCUGGCUGGUUAAUCUCAUUCUCAAGCUUAAGUCAGGAAAAAUCACCGGAAAUAUAGAAGCGUUCAACAUGGACAUUGACCAGAAUAUUCACAGCCUGGACAGAAUUCAGAUUGUUCUUUAUACACUGCUGGUGCUUACCCAAGCAUAUCUACUUGGGGCUGUGUUAGUCACCAGAUGGUUUCUAAGGAAAAAGGGCCAACGAGCACCAAUAUAUGCAGGAGAACAAAAGGACAUUCCGAAAGGCCUGGUGUCAUUUAAAGUAUUGAUGAUAACCUUCCUGGUCUUACUCGUUCCUGUUGGUGUACAAUUUGCUUUAGUAAAAAGUGAAGAUGAGAGUAGGGGAAAGAUUCUUAACGUUUUUUUCUUGGUAAACUCUUGGUUUAUCUACCACCUACUAAUCUUCUUCAAAAGUCCUGUCAGAAAAUUUGUGAAGAGGAAGAUGAAAGCCGAAAAAGACGAAAUGGACUUGAAGAUUCGAGGCUGGAAAAUUUGGUGGAAGAAGAAACGUUCAAUCUCUGUGGAAACAUCUCAAAAUCUCCCUGCACCUGUCAGUGCUCGCCCUAGAGUUUAUCAAACAGUCAGUUCAUCUGCAGGAAGUUUAAUUGGAGUACAACCCAGCCAUGUGAAUCUUCAAGCAAGAGUUGAUGGUCGCCAUAUUGGAUCUCAAUCAGCUGUUUCAGGAGUGGCGGGAAAUCUUGGAAUCACAUCAGCUGAUAUUCAUCUUUUCAGUUCUCAAGCCAGCAAUAGAGAUGUGAACAAUGUGUUUUAUAAUUCAGAAAACGAAAGUGUAAACCUGCCAUCGGCAAGAAUCUAUUAUGUGCGACCAGUUGUUCAUCAACAAGAUCCAAAUUGAUUUACAAGUCGGAUAGGGCACAAAAAAAGGAGGGGGGGGGGGAGAAUGGCGAUUGCACACCCUUAUAUCUUUAAUGAAGGGGGCGAGGGACGGUAUAUCCCCUCUUUGAUAUCGUAAAAUUAAAAUCCUGAUAAGAACAACAGAAAAAUAAAAAGAUUUUGCCAUUUUAAAA